GUGGCAGCGGCUCUCUUCACGCCGUCCCUUCUCGUGCCGCAAGCCGAAGGCAAAACGCGAGCGAACAGCGGCGCAGCGAGAGCGAGCGGCGCGCAGCGGCACGGCGCGCACGCUUCUUCCAUUCACCCUCCCGCACAUCCCAUCCAAUCAAGAUAGUCGUCAGUCCGGGCCGGCAGCCAGCGAGCCAGCCAGUCAACCGGUCAGACGGUCAUCAAUCCGGACAGGCAGCCAGUCAGCUAGCCAGCCCGUCAACCAGCCACACAGUCAGCCAGACAGUCAUCAAGCCAGCCAGCGAGCCAGCGAGCGAUCCAGCCAGCGAGUCAAACAGUCCAGUGAGUUAGGCAGUCAACCGGUUAGGCAGUCAACCAAGCAGAUAGUCAAGCAACCACGUAACCAGCCAGUCAGACAGUCAACCGGCCAGACAGUCAACCGGCCAGACAGUCAACCGGCCAGACAUGAUCCGUCCCGCGGGUCAGUGAGCGAGCCCGUCAGCCAGUCAAGCACUCAUCCGUCCGCCAGCAGGGACAUCCCCGCGGGUCGAGUGAAGGAGACGCGCCAGCGGUCGUGUGCGCUGAGCAGGGAAGCCGGCUCGGGUCACGGCUGGUUUUGAGCGAUGGCCAUGGGGGAAGCCAAGUUGCGUCGUGGUGGACAAAUGGAUGGAGCUCAUUCAUGCAGAUGAGAUGUCCUUCGUGAAACACUCGCUAAAGGAAGCUGCUGUGUUUGGGUAAUUGAGUUUUUCAUCGCUCCGAGGAAACUGUUAUUUGGCCAAGGACGCGUGCCAGGAGGGAGUUGGAUUGUGUUUUCAUGGCACUCUUGCCUUGUCUGAUGGAAUUUGAGUCACAGUUGGCAAUGUUGCCAUUCUGAAUGGCCAUUGCGAAACCCAUCUCACAGAGGAAAAGCGAAGAAAGAAUGGACAUUCUUCUCAACUCUGCUGCAAGUCAUCUUUACGUUUGCUGACACUUGAAAGCAACUCCUCAACCGUCCAGAUGUGUGCAUCUUUCAAAUAAUGCAAUACACACGGAAAGAUUGCUGCGAAAUACAGCACCCUCUGAAUUUAUAACAUCUAAAACACUUACAGUUGUAUAUUGCUGAAUCUUCUACAAAUAAAAACCAUUCAUCAACAACCUUAUGUACAGGCCUCAGGAAUAAAUUGUCUUAAACCACGGAGGAUUACGCCUGUAUAGUUGACAUCCCUUCAUUUUGUCUGCAGAGGAGGUACAACAGACCUUGGGACAAAAGUAUUGACAUGAAUAAGCUGGUUUUUAAAGUUUGCAACUUUGAAACAUUUUCCUUCAGAUGACGACUUCAAUCAGAAUCGACUGGAUCAGUUUUCCUACCCUGGAUGAUUCAUGAGGGACGUUUCUGUGCUUUCUAUUGUUGACUGGCAUUUCUGUGUUUUUACUUUUGGAGAAAGCAAAGCCCUUUGGGAGUUAAAAAAAACAUAAUUUUGAAAAGUGGGAAACUGCAUCUGCUUUGUAAAGUUUGCAAUACAUCUAGCAUGACGAUUAGGUGUACCGUGUGCAACAUUUUUCUUUACGUUAUCAAGUCAGAAUUAAAUUUUCCAUUUGUUAUUUAUUUGAUGGUUUAGAUAGAUAAAAGGAACAUUUUCAUUUCAGAAAAAAAUCCCAUCCCACUGGAAACGCGGAGAAAGAGAAGUCGGAGCAAUGAAACGCAUGAUGAGGAUUCAAAAAACGUCAUUCGUUAUUCUCGAGCACAGGCGUACUGCUUCGUGGCGUGGAAGAAUAUCUCUCCUGCGUCUGAUUUCCAUUUCCCUGCUCGCACUGUGGCCUUCAGGCGCAUCUGUACACGCACAGGUGUCAUUCAGCAGUCCGUACCAGUGGCAAAAAGGACCGUGGGAGGAAUGUCGAGGCGAAGCAUGUGGAGCGGGUGGAACGCAGGUCAGGAAGGUGUGGUGCGAGCACGUGGAAGGCUGGACCACGCUUCGAUCGAACUGUUUGCAGGCUGAGCAGGGGGAGGCCCAGGUAGUGUCUGAGCGGCCUGCCUCUCAACGGGAGUGUUUCCACGUUUGCGAGGAACACCGUGCGCUGGCGACCUGGUAUGUUGGACAGUGGAGACCGUGUGAGCCUCGUCCAGACUUAAACUCCCCAUCGCUGGCGCCUGUCUGUGGGAAGGAUGGACUGCCUGGAUGGAAAAAGCGAGAUGUCGUUUGCACGUGGAAAGAUAACGGAACAGAGGUGCUCGACAUGGAGCAGCUGUGCCGGGUGUUUGAUCCAAGACCAUCUGACCAGGAGUCGUGCACCGCUGCCUGCCCACGUGAUUGUGUUGCGUCAGAGUUCUCCACCUGGUCCCCGUGCGAGCGUGCCUGCGGUGCAGACUCGGGCCUGCAGUACCGCACACGCACCGUGCUGGUGCCACCAGAGUUUGGAGGAGCGUUGUGCCCCAACCUCACCGAAGUCCGCAGCUGCCGAGAUGCCUCUUCUUGUGAUGGGGGAGACGGUGGCUUCAAGUACAGCCUCAGAGUCGGACCUUGGAGCGACUGCAGACCGGCUAGAAUCGGACGUUUCAUUCGGGAUGUGGGACACAAUGCAGAACCAAAUGGUACCAAUUUCAGCAGGACUACAAGAGCCGAAAUGCGCAAUAAAACGGCACCCGAUUUUCCAGUCAACGGUACUUCUACCGGAUUGCCUCGAGAGGGUCUAGAAUUAAAACGAUGGACCAAGGAGCAGUGGAGAUCGACGCCUCAUGAUUGGCCUCGAGGGGGGUCCCCUUGGGAUGUGCAGAUUGGCUAUCAGAGCCGGCAGGUCCGGUGCAUUAGGAGCGACGGAAAAAACGCCCCACUGACCUUGUGCCUGUCGGAGAGCCCCUCGCCGGCCUUCCAGCCGUGCCUGCUGCCACGCGACUGCGUGGUGACGGAGUGGGCGCCCUGGUCAGCGUGCUCGCGGACAUGCCGCGGACCCGAAGGCGGCAUGGACGCGGGCCUCGGAGUUCGCACGCGCUCCCGCUCGGUGCGGGUCAGCGCCCUCGGAGGGGGCCAGGUCUGCCCCCCGCUCGUCGAGCGAGAAAAUUGCAGCGAGGAGGCCGGGGAGACGCUGACGCCAUGUCCACGAUUUGUGUGGAAGGUGGCGCAGUGGAGCGAGUGCCGCGUGGAGCUGGUGAUGGGAGCUCCGGAACGGAGGCGCGCCAACCACACGGGGCUGUGCGGUGGAGGCCUCCGCACUCGCGACGUCUACUGCAUCAUGGCCAACGAGAACCUCAUCCUGUACCUAAACUCCCUGCAUGAGCGGCAAGAGAUGCUGUCCAAGUCAAGAAUGAGGCCAACCGUGGCACCAUCUCUCUCCAUUUCCUACGAGAUCUCAGCGUCGCGACCAGUGGACAACAGCCUGUGUGGUGUGGAUAAGCCUGAGACGCUGCAGGCAUGUUCAGUGCCCUGCCCUGCUGAGUGUCGCUUGACCCCGUGGACAGCCUGGGGUCCCUGCACCUUUGAAAACUGUGGAGAAACCCCCGGCAAGAAAGGAUUUAAACGCAGGAGGAGGCAAAUUGUGAGGGAGGCGGCGGCGGGCGGCGGCGGCGGCGGCGGUGGAGAAGGCGACUGCUCUCACCUGGCGGAGGUGCUGCCUUGUGACGAUCCCGCGUGCUUCCGCUGGGAGGUGGCCGGCGUGGGUGCCUGUUUCCCGGAGGGUGGAGCUCGCUGCGGGACGGGCGAGCGCGACCAGUUGACCGUGUGCAGGAAAGACACGGGCGAGCAGGUGUCCCGGGAGCUGUGUUCUGGCCGAGCGGAGCCCCCUGCCAAGCUGCCCUGCCGGGUGCCCUGUCCCGGAGACUGCGUGCUCGCCCAGUGGUCCGACUGGUCUCCGUGUUCGUUCACCUGCUCGGGGAAGUCAGGCGAAGGUCGACAGAGCCGUGGCAGGGCCGUGCUUGCCCAUCCCUCCGACGGUGGCGCUCCGUGUACUGGGGAGGGCCAAGAGCUGCAGGAGUGGCAGCCAUGUGCCCAGGUGCCCUGCACCGUCUACCACUGGCAGGCCGGCUCCUGGGGGCCUUGCACAGAGGACCUCUCCACCCCGCCCAGGAACGCCUCCCUCAGGGCGGCCCGCCCUGCCCCGGCUGGGGGCUCUACCCGAGGAGCCACGCCUGCCCACGUGGGCGUUUCGUCCUCGCCACACGACGGGCCUUCCUGCUCCUCGUCCGGCAUCCAAAGUCGAAAAGUCAUCUGCAUGCGGAUUGGCAUUGGGCAGGUCGGCACCAAGAAAUGCCCCGAGAAGGAGCGGCCCAACGCGGUGAGGCCGUGCGUGCUGAUCUGCCGCAAGGAUUGCAUCGCCACCCCCUUCAGCGACUGGAGCUCAUGCCCUGCUACCUGCCAAGAGCGUGGCGGUUCCCCCAAAAAGCAGCGUCGUUGGCGCAUGGUCAUCCAGCAGGCAUCCCACGGCGGGAAGGAGUGUCCGCAGAACCUGCAGGAGGAGCGCGACUGCCAAGACCGGCCGCCCUGCCACGCCUACAAGUGGAAGGCCCACAGGUGGCGGCCGUGCCAGCUUGCUCCGGACUAUGUGCGUCGAGGCAUUCCAGGGGCGGACGAGGCAUGUGGGCCAGGACUUCAGACACGAGCUGUGACCUGCCGGCAGGAGGACGGGAGCCAGGUCGACCCCGAGCUGUGCCUGGCGGGCGCGGGCGCCCCGCCGGCCCCGUCGCAGGCGUGCCGCGUGCCCUGUCGCCACGAGUGCACGUUCAGUGCCUGGUCGCGCUUCUCGGCCUGCACCGGCGGUUGCGGCUCGACGCGCUCGCGAAGGAGAUCCCUCCUCGGCAAGAGCCGCCGCGUGGACAAGUGCAAGGACCUGGAGCUGUACCCCCAGGUGGACACGCAGACCUGCCCCUGCCGCGAGUAUUCGGCCCGUCCAGUGGGGCCCUGGUCCGACUGCCUGCUGCCCGAGGGAAGGGGCCGAAGCCGGGGACCCGGCAGCGCCCCCAGGGAGACGGGCGACUGUGGCCAAGGCACACGCUAUCGGGCCCUGGCGUGCUACGAUCAGCAGGGCCGGCUGGUGGAGGGCGGCAAUUGUGCUUCUCCUGUUCACCAGGAGGAGUCGUGUGUGGUGGCCUGCCCGUCAGACUGCCGAUUGAGUGAGUGGUCUGGGUGGUCGCCCUGCAGCAAGUCCUGUGGCUCGGGUGUCAAGGUGCGUUCCAAGUGGCUACGGGAGAAGCCCUUCAACGGCGGGAGGCCCUGCCCAAAGCUGGAUCACACAAACCAGGUGUAUGAGGUGGUGCCGUGCCACGUGCCUUGCCAGCAGCACGUGUGGGUGGCAGGACCGUGGGGGGCCUGCAAUGUGAGCGGCGCGGUGGGAGGGUGCGGGGAAUCCAGCGCCGGUGAGCAGGUGCGUCAAGUCAGGUGCACUGUGAACACGCCCGAUGGGCCCAGCGAAGUGGCCGAUGCACAGAUGUGCGACCCUGAAGCCAUGCCUGCUGCGCACCGGUCGUGCUGGCUUCCCUGCCCUUGGGAGUGUGUCUUGUCCGAGUGGGGCCCGUGGACAACCUGCGUACAGCCCUACAACAGCUCCAUGGCGCGGAUGCGCACCCGCUCCGUGCUCCGCCCCGCCGCGCCGGGAGCGACCUGCGCUGCCCUGAACGAGAGCGAGCCGUGCGCGCUCGACAAAAACUACUUCCACCACCAGUACAACCUGACAGAGUGGAGCACGUGCCAACUGAGCGAGAAGGCGGUGUGCGGCGUGGGAGUCGUAACCCGCAUGCUGGACUGCGCCCGGAGUGACGGCAAGUCGGUGGACCUGGACUACUGCCAAGAGAAGGGACUGGAGUCGCCCUGGAGGCUCGCUGUGCCCUGCUUGGUGCCCUGCCCAAUCAACUGCCAGCUGUCCGAGUGGUCACCGUGGUCCGUGUGCUCGCACACCUGCGGCCUGGCAGGAGUUAUACGCAGGGAGAGACGAGUGCUGCGCCCAGCCCAGGGAGACGGGAGGCGCUGCUCAUCCCAGCUGCAGCAGAGCAAGCCGUGCCCCGUGCUGCCCUGCUACCGCUGGGAGUACGGCCAGUGGUCCGGCUGCCUGCUCCAGGAUGCACAGUGCGGGGAAGGUGUCCAGGUGCGUAACGUCUCGUGUGUGGUGACGGACGGGCUAACCAACGACUCGGCGAUGGCCGUCGAGGAGGAUGACAAGUGUGGCGAGCGGCAGGAUGUGCCAGAUGGAGAGGUUGCCGAGGAGCUGCAGAGAGUCUGCUCCGUGCCCUGCCCAGGAGACUGCCGCCUGGGCAAGUGGUCCGACUGGAGCGUGUGUCAGCUGAUGUGCGCCACGGGCAGCAACGUGGGGCUGCGUGGCGUGCAGGCGCGCUCGCGCGUCGCCCUCGGAGCUGCGGUGCCGGAGAGCCGUGCCGCCUGCCCGGCGCAGCUCUGGGAGUCGCGCCCGUGUGACGAUGGAAAGUGCUUUCAGUACCAGUGGAGGUCAGGGCCUUGGCGAGGGACGGAGAGAGAGGUCUGGUGUGCCCGAUCGGAUGGCAUCAAUGUGACCGGUGGUUGUCUCGCUUCAUCCGAGCCGCCCAGGAUGAGAUCUUGCCAGCCACCCUGCCCGAAACCCAACUCAUUCUGUACACAGGCGGGGACGUGCGAGUGUGCGCGGGGGUUCUCACGAGCGAGUGCGCUGGGCGGGACGGCGGUGCGGUGCGAGCGCGUUACCCUGACAGCUGGCGCCGGUAGUGGCGGCAGUGGCAGUGGAGGCGGCGGCGGCGGCGGCGGCGGUGAGCACAGGGCGGACGUCGUGGCCGGUCAUGGCGCUGGCCGGAGCCGGCCCGACGCGAACGGCGACACGAGGCUCGGCGAUGUUCUCCACACAUGGUCCAUGCAGCCCUACGGCCCUGAUGGCAAGCUGAAAGUGUGGGUUUACGGUGUGUCGGCGGCUGCGUGUGUACUCCUCAUCUUCAUCGUCUCCAUGAUAUAUCUGGCCUGCAAACGACCGAAGCGACCCAUACGCAGGCCGGUGAAGCGCCCCUCUCCGAGGAGGCCGGUGACCCUCGCGUACGACGGUGACAUCGACCUCUAGGGAGCGGCGACCCCCUCGUCUGGGCAGGGUCGGCGCAACCAGCGAGCGGAUUCCACGGUUCGUUGUCGGGGUUUUUGUUGUUGUUGUUGUGUCCUGUGGACUGAACCACACAAACUUUUAUGGCUAGACAAUCAGCUGCUUUUUUGGACCUUGUGGAAAAUAUGUACAUACCGUGUAAAGACUUACACUUGGUGUAUAUAUACAUAAAAAUAAGUUACAUAAUGAGAUAAGACCAACAUAAUUCUGAUUCAUGCAAGCUCUUCUGUGGGUACCAGCACACACGCUGCACUACAAAGUGCAUUUUGGAUGCAAAAGCAACGUGCCUGUAUCAGACAAAGGAAGCAACUCGUCCACCACUUGGGAGACCUUUGUGUAAAUGGUGAAAACCAUGAGGAACAUCGUCGACAUUGCCAGUCAAGAGAGCAAGAACCAUUACAGUGGAUGGCCAGAGCAGAGAUGCAGCAGUCAAAUCAGAACACGUGGAAUCCAGCAGAAUUUAAUCAGUCAAAUAUGGAUGAGUAUAGAAUCCAAAGUAAUUUUACCAGUCAAAGUGGAAGACAUGGAAUCCAUCACAGUGGAAUCAGUCAAAUCAAGACAAGUGUAUGAUCCAAAAGCAUUUUACCAGUCAAAUCAGGACAAUUGUGGAAUAUGGAUGUGUGCUUUUAUGUAUUUUCCUCUCUUGCCAUCGGGAUGUUCUUUUUGGGAUCUUUGACUAAAAGACCAGCCUCUCUACAACAACGUUAGUUUUUUUACAAAGCUACACAAGGUUGAAAAAAAUGAUGCUACCAGCCCAUGGAUCGCUACAUAAGAGUGAAUGCAUAUUCACGGCUGAUUCCAUUAAGGCGGCCAAUGAAAGUUGCAUCAAAUGGUGGAUUAGGUAAAAAUCAGUUGAGCUUCAAAAGAGAACAUGAUGCCAAAAUAUGUAAGGCACUUAAUUAACAGAGUGGAACAAUGUUUAUGCAGAACUCAUCACAGCUUUCAACAAGCAGGAUGCCACUACCACCAAGCCAUCCUCCGCAACACAGAAGCUGGACACUACAUCAUGAGUUGUUGUAUACAUGCAGAAGAAAAAGAAUCAGCUCAAAAAAUGACCGGACUUCACCCACACCCACAUUAAUGAACAAUAAUUUUUGCCGAUCUGUUUAUGUUUUUUGCUGCAAAUGAAUUGCGUUCUGCAUUUGAUAAUAAUAACUGUCUUAACAAUCCGUGGUCCUGCACAAGUGGAGCAUGGAUGUUGUUUCUCUAUUACCUUUUUUUGUACCCGGCGCUAUAAAUUCAUUGCACUGUCUAUUGACUCUAAAGCGUAGCAAUUUUACAGCCUAGAGAACACAUGCACAACUUCUACAAUGUUAAACGUGAAACCUGCGCUCCUGUCCUGUGCUGAAGCACAUUGUUGUUGUGGAUGGGGGGGGACGGUGUAUUUGUUACUAACGGCGAGUCGCAAUUACAUAACUGUACUCUGCGUAUAGUCAUUUGGAUGUGGUUCGUGUCGGCUGAUUUAUUUACGGACAAGAGAAUUGGAACCGGUGAUUGCAUGCAGAGGCAAUCGGGCUGAGUUGCGACGAGACCCAAUCACAUGGUGCUUUUUGUGUUUGGUCAAGUAAAAGAGAAAAAAGCCUUCGUGUGAGACGUUGCCUGGCCUGACCUGGGUAAGGAUAACUAUUUGCACUAUGUUAUGGGCACACACACUUUUCCAUCAUCGUCCUGAUAAUGAAAUGCGUCUCGCACGAGGCUCUGGGUAGAAGCCGUUACUCCUGGGACUCGGUGAAAAUAGACACGUGGAGCGAUGUCCUUUUGCCAUGGCGUUGUGGGAAAAAAAGCCUUUACAUCAUUGUUUAAAGCUGUGGGGUUUUUUUUUGCCGAGCAGAAAAAAAUGUAAGAUGAUAAUGUUUUACUUUACGUACUUGAUUGUGUAACUACUGUGCUGUGUCGACAUGCUGUUGAAUUUCGAAGGGUAUCCUAGCAAAGCGGGUGUUCGCGGAAAAUUCGUAUAAUACAGCGCAAUUUAACAACAAUGUAAAGGUUUUGUUUUGUAACGAACUUUGCAUUUUGUUUCCGAAACGUUUCUUUUCUUUAACAAACGGUGGCAUUAUGACAAAGAACUAAGCAAAGUAUUCGUAUAAAUAUAAUGCUUGUGUACAGUCAUUUGAAUUCAUGAUUUCUUAUAUUUGAAUAGCGUAAGGGAUUCGGAAGGAUUAUAUGUGCACUGACUUGUCAAAUACUUAAUUUACAUUGUGUGUUACAAGGUAACCUGUAUAUCUGUAUUUAAUGUAAAGAUGAUAAUAAUUACAAAAGCCAAUAGCGCAAUCUUUAACUGCCAUGGAGUGUAAUAUGUGAUUGUUAAACAUGUUCAAACUGCCUAUGGAAUUUGUUGAGUGUAUGAGUCUCGCUGUAUUUCACUGUGUAUACGUCGGCAUAUUGUGGAUGCACACUGCAUUAACCGGGCAUGCAACAAUGCAUCAAUUAAACAUUUUUUGUUGUUUAUAGAUUAUGAUCGCAAAAAAACACGCAUUGACAUAGGAUGGUUUCUUUACGAUGAUGCAACGUAUAUGCAAAUUUAAAUGUGUAAUCUUACAUUUAGUCUAAUAGCGCAAACCAAGCUAUAUAAGGGAGUGGCAGAACAAAUGAAAACGAUCGAGACACAAUGCAAACGAAACUAAUAACGAGACAAAAUCCAUUUUUCAUUUGCAUCGUGACCCUGAAGCUCUUUUUCACAGAUGUCCAGUAGGGGCAGGUCAGAAAGUUACAACAACAAACGAUACAAAAACACGAUAGGAGUGCAAAGUAUAGAAAAGGUAACCAAAUAAACAAAGAAAUAUAUACUAAAAAUACACUAUUCUUGGUUACCGAGACAGCUCUUCUUAGAGCCUAGUCUCACAUGGUGUUGGACCAGAUGAUGCCAAAAGGUGCACAACUCAAGAUCAAUGCACCAUCAGAGUAUGAGAGCUAUUCAUGGUUCUUUCGGUAAAGUCACGUAGAAGGGAAAUAAUAAAAUGAUACAAAUUUAACAAUUUUUUCCCUAUAUAGCCGUGACAUUGUUUUGAUGCAAGUGCUGUUAGCGAUCACCUCUGAAGGCCAGCACGGCACACGAGGGAAUGAGUGUUCAGCACCACGCCCGGCUGCCUUUGUCUCCCGAGUGAUAAUGAUUACACACCGAACCAGGACCUCAUUUGAUGCUGAGUCGACUUAGGAGAGGCCCAGGACUGGUUUAGAUAAUCGUCACUGGUGUUGGUCGUGAGCGGGAAUCGAACUCGGGUCGCUGGAUUCGUAGCGUAGUGUGAUAACUGCUACACCACCACUCCCCACAACUAAAGACGUACAUUAUCACUAACGUUUAAAUUCUAUCAAACUUUUUUUUUGCGAAAUUAUAAUAAUGUGUCACUCAUUACGACUUGUAUGCGACAAAUUGUAUAUCAAUGAGCUCUCCCUCGAUUAAUGAAAGGACACUGGAUAGAAUUUAAUCAUGCAGAUUUUAAGCUCCCCAGACACUUUCCCGACAACAAUUUGAGGAGUCAAUUACACAUGGGUCACACUUUCAAUUUCAAACAAGAAAAUGCGAAUUGUAUCUGCUGUAUUGCAAAAAAGGCCUAUCCCAAGCCCAUUAAUGCAGGAGCGUGUGUUGGCUUAUUUGGGCCAGGGUUUUUCAACGACAUUGUCUGGUGGACCACAAAAUAAAAUUGGCACAUCUGACAGGCCACGUGAAGGUCAUGUCAUUACGUCACUUGGCUUCGUGACAAUGUCUGUAUAUGACCUCUUUAUCUGUCCCUCGAGUGUCCAGGUCUCAUUUACCUUGCUUAUCGUGGUUUCAUAUCACGAGUCACUAUCUAUUGUCAAUACCUCUCAAAUUUCGAGAUGUUUAUCUCUCUUUCAUCUCAAUAACCGGUAUCCCUUUAUGUAUCAGUGAGCCAUAUAUCUUGGCGGGCUACUGCCAACGGCCUUCACGGGGCCACAUGUGACCCGCGGGCCACGAGUUGAAGAACCCUGAUUUGGACAAAAUCACCCCAUGGUUACACCAGUUCUCUUGCAGUCACUGCUUAUCUGAGCCUUGAACGUUGUGGAUAAUCUAUGUAUUACUGGGCAAACAAGAGUCUGGGUGUAAAACAAAAAAAAACAUGCUUCGAAUUGAUCAAAAAUAGGAAUAUGUGUUGAACAUUAUACAGUGUAUAAUGGAUAAAUAUACUCUAGUAUUGAGGGAAAAAAACUAAGUCAAGGUGGAAUUUCUUCAGUUUCACAAAGUCCAUGCAAGAGCAGCAUGAUACAUUUAAAUGAGUGGCAUCAGUGAAUGUUUGUCUGAAUCCGUGAUGAAUAGGAGGGGAUAAGUGCUCACAGUAUUUGAUCAAUUUUAACAACUUCAAAUGAUGCAUUGUUAUUCACGUCCACGCUCACACUAAAGCAGUUGCAUGUUAUUUCAGAUUAAAAGUGGCGGAUCUGGCUGGGUACCGCAGUUGUUGGAGCAUACAGGUCUACAAUUGGAAGUCUCCCGAAUUUAAAUCAUGAUUGAUAAAUUAUCACUUUAUCAGAAAUCCAUAUUGGUUGUCUUAUGGAAUUACUCACUCCCACUAUAGGAAUGUGGAAUUUCCACCAUUGGCGUUGGGCUGUAAACAUGAUAUGAGUGCCAUCCCAUACCCAUAUCAGCAGUAAAGCGUUCGACUUAUUGGCUUUGAGUGACAGCCACUGCAUAGGUGUUCGCAGUUGUGCUGUCUAUCUCUGAUGUGUUUUCAGGUUGUACCACGUGUUCUUCUGCAUUAUGUCCGAUGUUUUGCUUCAUGUAUUGGGAGCUUCUUUCAGAAUUCAGUUCCUGAAGAAGAGCCCACCACGUGGCGCGAAACGUCGGAUAUCGUCCUGUACAACAUGCAGUGCAACCAUAAAACACAUCAAUAUAACUCACGAGUGAGGAGCUUCACAGAUUUUAAAAUAACUAUAGUGUUGACAGCGUGCCCAAGUGUCCGCAUGAAACGGUUGACCUUCGAGGAGCCUCCAUUACUGUUAUGGGACUCUCAACUGAGUCCAGUCGAGAGUCUCAUACAAGUGCAUCUCUAACUUGGUAAACAUCUCACCAUGUUUCGAUUUAAAGCUUUCGUGACUGC